CAGUUUCGUUGUUACUAGCUGUCCAAGACAGGGACUGGAAAUAUGGCCUAUAUCAUAUUACAUAGAGUAUACAUAAAUACAGCAUGUUAGUUUUUGUUUUCUGUAUAAUGAAUUGUCCGACGUCAAACAAGUAUGGAACGUAUUUUAAUGUGAAACAACAUUCCUGUGAAUAUUUUAUUAAUUUUGAUAAGCACACAGUUAAUCUUCACAUACUAUAAAAUCAUGUUUGAGCUACGAAACCUACAUAAAUGCGUGCGUGCAACGUUUAGUGUAACAGUAACGAUGAACAAUAAUAUUGUACGUCAGAAUUCAUCGAAUUAUUCAUUACAUACGAUAUGGAAUUAAAAUGAUACAGUGUUAAUUGCGUAUAUACAUUUUUUUUUUACUUCUAUGACCGAAGAGACUUUCCGCCAUUAUGGCGUACGGUGUAUGUAGGAUAGAGGAUAAUAUUCGUCACUGGCUAGAAAUGGGUCGAGAUCGAAGAAAAAUGUGAAGACAGCGGAGGCUUGUUCAUAUUUUCUAUUUAUUCAAAUUAUUUUAUAUAAUAUUUCGUUAUGUUUCAUCUGAGUAAAGUGUGUAUGUGCGUAUAUAUCAAUUGUUAAAAUGAAUUGGACUUGUCAACGAAGUGUUGGAUGAAGUUAAAACAGAACAGGAAACAUGUUUGUGUCUUAGUUAUUAAGAAAUAAGAAGAAUUGGAAGCCUGCGCGAUUCCCUCUACGUUACUGAAAAUGUCAACGGAAUACAGUAGGAGUGUCCUAAGAUUGGUGGUGGCUCAGAUUUGCCAAACGGUAGGAUGGCACUCGAUCAAUUCCACACCUUUGGAGUUCAUGGUUGAUCUCAUGCAGGAGUAUCUUCUACGAAUAUCAAAGCUUACUCAUCAAUAUACAGAAAUCUUGGGAAGGACAGAGCCCAAUCUGGAUGAUUUGGGUCUAGCUUUCAUGCAUAUGAAAAUCGAUAUCCAAGAGUUAGCAGAAUAUAUCAAGAACGUGGAAUCGGUACCGUGUGCAGUAGGAAUACCCAAAUUUCCAGUUAGACAUGAGAAUCACUUGAAUUUCUUAAAACCUGGGAGUAGGGAAGUUGUGACAAGGCCUGUACAUGUACACGAGCACUUGCCAGCCAUGUUUCCUGACACAGAAGAAGAAUACGUGGCUGACAAGGCCGAAAGUGUUCUAAAUGGAUCAUCUGAUUUAACGUUAAGUAAUGGGACGUCGAGCAGCAGUUGUGUGAACGUAUCUCCUCACAGAAUGUCGCCACAAGUGGUUUUCAAACGACCUGGUGAUCCCAUCUCGUUCGAGAGCCCGAUAGUGAAGCGGGUCAAGGUGUUGGAAGAGGGUAGGCCUUUACGCGAGAUUCACAGUGUCAUGAUGACUACUUCGGGUUUUUUAUCGCCUGCUCGCGAGGGAAAACUACCGGAAGCUAGAACUCCGCAUCAAGCCCGGCCCGACUCGCCUCAACCCAGUUCUUAUCCCAUGGUGCCGCCAGAGCUGAAGUCCGACAAGAAAACGAAGAAGAUCGUGAAGAAGAGCUCGGAGGAUGGCAAACUGGAUAAAGAGAAUAAAAAGAAAAAUCGUGCGAAGGAGCUGUUCAAACCGGACAAGAUAGACGAUAAUAAAAUUAAGAAGUUAGCUGGUAUGAAGGAGUUGGCUAAGUUGAAGCCUCUGAAGUCUGUGGGAGGGAAGUUGCAAGGUUCCGUGCUACCCGGUUCUUCGAGUAGGCCUUCUACUCCAAAGCUAAUAUCGCCGAAGACUGUUGCCAGUCCGAAAUCGCAGAAGAACAACCAGCCGAAAACGAAAAUGGAUAAGGUGAUCGACCUGACCGACGGCGUGCCAGCUUCUAACGAGAGAAAAGAAGAUAAUAUCGAUAAACUACCAUCGGAGCCGGAUAAACAGAAGCUGAACAUAUUCAAGAAGAUAUCUAAACCGCGGGAAGAUAAAGAAAAGGACGGAACGGAACAGCAUAAACACAAGGAACUCGAUUCUAGGGAAAGCUCUCCAGGUUUAAUUAUCGAUGAGAACAUGGAUAAGCAAGCUGUUCGUAACGUAGAUAGCGAUAAACGUGAGGAGAAGAGAGCUCCGCACACACCGGACGUACAUCUCCAACCAGAUGGUGAAUCGAUGGAUUUGCACAGUCCAGGAUCCGAUGUUUACAUAUUCGAUGAUAUGUCGCCACCGGGAACUCCGAGUACACCGAGAACUCCGGAAUUAAGUAUGCCUACAACGCCUACUACUACGGAUCAUAAAAAGAAGAGGAAGGAGAAAGUGAACAAGAAGAGGGAAGUGAAGUCUAGGAGUCCGAAGCACUGCGUCAGUCCCAAGAAAACGAAGCUUGUUAAUGACGCGGCCAGCGAGCCGGAGUUGCUCGAUCGGCCGAAAACGCCGCAAGCACCCGAGCCGCCGAUGACCAAAGAACCGAGCUUCCCGCCAGCCCUUCCGUUCCCAUUUUUCCAGACGUUCCCGCCUGCUCCGGGACUCAUACCGCCGAUAUUCCCGAGGUUUCCGAUCCCGAUGCCCAGGGGUGGCCACCCUGGCCCUCAUCCAGCGAUGGCCAAUCUACCCUUACCUUCGCGGUAUUUAACUUUACCACCGAGACCCGAGUAUUUUCCUGGUUUACCGAAACCCAAGUCUCUCGACCGCGAGAAACUUCCGCCUGUGGCACCUCUCCUCGACGGUGCUACACCCUCGUCGACGGCGAGGCACGAUAAACCGGAUAAAGAUCGGGGGAAAACAGUUAAACAGGAGAAAGAAACACCUCAGGAAGUUACUACGUGUAUUGCACCAUCUGCUGCAUCAUCAUCAUCAUCAUCGUCAUCAGCACUGGUUGCACCGAUUACGUACCCCGCACAACAAGUACCCGGUAUCGCGCCCACAUUAUUACCCACGAAAGCUCCCAAGAUCGAGAAACAAGAUAAGAACGAUAAGAAGUCAAAGGAGCAUAAGAAGGAGAAGAAAGAUAAAUUGAAAAAGAAAAAGGAUAAGAAGGAGAAGCAUAAAGACAAAGGGGAGAAGUUGAAGGAGAAGAAGGAGAAGUUAGAUAAAAAGGAUAAGAUAGACAAAAAGGAUAAGAUAGAUAAAAUUAAAGAGAAGAAAGAGAAAAAAGACAAGCGGAAAGAUAAAGAGAAGGAAGAUAAAAAUUCGGAGGCUGUACCGAAGAUAACUUUGAAGCUGGGGACUGCUUCCCCGAGGCCACCGACUCCGGACGCCGCUCCCAUGAAAAAGAUGGAAAUGUGUUGUAGAACGAUUAAGACGGUGCUGAAAAAACCCGAGGAUGAAGCUAAACGGGAACCGAGUCCAGAAUUGGCGAAAAUAUCGGCGCUGGUGACCAGGCCGCCCAAACAAAAGUCGGCAAGUAAGAGAACAGAGGAGGGAGCAUUAGACGUUAGCGGGAGUCCCGCUUUUCCUUCAGACACUUUCUCUUCGAAUCUCGGUAACGCGGCAGUGUCGCAGCCCCGAGCAAAGAAAUCUCUCUUCAAAACUUUGCCUCAACGCGAGGUAGCGGCAGCUCCCUCGUCACAAUUCGAUUCCCAAGUUCCCAAGCUCCCGAACCCCGUGAUGCCACUGCAACCACCGUGCCACACUUACAUUAGACGAAAGCAGACGCGGCUGUUAAAAGGGAUGAUGCUAAGGAAGAGAAAGAGAAUGGCAGGAUCACGCUGCCCCCGACACCAACCACGACCGUGGAUAAAGGUGGACUUCAAGUUUGGAUAUGCCCUGCUUGCGGACUCCAAGAUGAUGGUUCGCCGAUGGUUGGAUGCGACGAUUGCGAUGCAUGGUAUCACUGGGUCUGCGUUGGAAUGCACAUACCUCCGGCAGAUACCGAGAAUUGGUAUUGCCGUUUCUGCAUAGCGAAAAAACAAGAACAACACCACGACAAAAAGAAGAAGAAGCGCAAGAAGAAGGUGAAAGUGGCCGCCUAGUACAAGUUACCCGGGUCUUGCGUGAGACCCGGCAUCCAGACCACCGGAAAAAUUAAGAAAGAUAAGCUCGGGGUUAAGAGUACUAUGAAAAACAAAAAACUGUCCAAGGCUGAAGUGAAAUUGCAGAUGAAGUCGUUUAAAGAGAAGUCUGGACCCCCGAACGGCGGCAAAACGGGGAAGAUAGUAAAAGUCAAGGCUAACGUGAAGAAAAAGAAUAAAAAGAUUAAAGAUAGUGCAAUUGACUUAACUUAAAGGAAAAAUCGAGUCACGAAUGUUAAUCGUUAAUUUAAUUUAAAUUUGCUGAUGGCCAAUGAGAAUAUUAAGUUGCAUGAUUACAUCGAGAGCACGAUGUACUGUUCUGUUUACGAUAAUGAAUUGUAUAAAACGUGGUGUAUCCAUAUUAGUGAAUUUGGAAAAUUUUAUUCGAGCGAUGAAUAAAAUGUAGAAUGUAUCAUGUCAUGUGAGAAAGGAAAAUUUUUCUUUUUCUUGUACUUGACGUGUUCUUUGGAUAAUGGUGUUAAUAGCGAAUCACGAAUUGCAUGUAAAAAGAUGACUUACAAUAAACCCGAUCAUGGAGGAAAUAGGAAGAGAAACUGAAGGUUCUAUAUAACUAAUUAAUUAAUUAAAAUGUACAGUUUUUAAUUAAA